AUCUCUUCUUCUUGUGACCACUCUUCCUGUCUGUUCACUGGUUAGGAGAUCUCUAUCUCUCUCUCUGAUCCUUUUUGUUUGUUUCUGAUUUUAUUGAAUCGCUCUCUUUGAAAAACCUUAAGAGUUUUCUUCUUCCUCGAUCUCUGAUUUUGGCGAUUUUUGAUUUGUUGUUGUUGAUCGGAUCUCGGCAUUUUCUAGGAGGUGAAUUUUGAUUUUUUGGCCGAUCGGAUUUGAGUUUUUUGAAUCUCUGAUUGCUGAGAAAAUGCCGGCGUUUUACGGAGGAAAGCUUACGACCUUCGAGGACGAUGAGAAGGAGAGCGAGUAUGGUUACGUUCGUAAGGUUUCAGGGCCUGUUGUUGUCGCCGAUGGUAUGGCCGGUGCUGCUAUGUAUGAGUUAGUGCGUGUUGGGCAUGAUAAAUUGAUUGGUGAAAUCAUCCGUCUUGAAGGAGAUUCUGCCACCAUCCAAGUUUACGAGGAAACAGCUGGAUUGACAGUUAAUGACCCCGUUCUUCGAACACACAAGCCACUUUCUGUGGAGCUCGGGCCAGGAAUACUGGGAAAUAUCUUCGAUGGAAUUCAGAGGCCUUUGAAGACUAUUGCAAGAAUAUCCGGUGAUGUGUACAUCCCUCGUGGUGUGUCUGUCCCAGCUCUUGACAAAGAUUGUCCUUGGGAGUUCCAGCCCAAUAAAUUUGUCGAGGGAGACACAAUAACUGGUGGUGACUUGUAUGCUACUGUCUUUGAGAACACUUUGAUGAAUCACCAUGUUGCCCUUCCUCCUGAUGCCAUGGGGAAGAUCACUUACAUUGCUCCAGCUGGUCAAUAUUCCCUUAAGGAUACAGUGAUAGAGCUUGAGUUCCAGGGUAUCAAGAAAUCUUACACCAUGCUUCAGAGCUGGCCUGUACGUACGCCUAGGCCAGUUGCAUCAAAGCUUGCUGCCGAUACUCCUCUACUUACGGGGCAGCGUGUCCUUGAUGCCCUUUUCCCUUCAGUUCUUGGUGGAACCUGUGCCAUUCCUGGUGCUUUUGGCUGUGGGAAAACUGUUAUCAGUCAGGCACUUUCCAAGUACUCCAACUCCGAUGCUGUUGUGUAUGUUGGUUGUGGAGAGAGAGGAAAUGAAAUGGCUGAGGUUCUUAUGGACUUCCCACAAUUGACAAUGACAUUGCCUGAUGGCCGUGAGGAAUCUGUCAUGAAACGUACUACACUUGUUGCCAACACCUCUAACAUGCCUGUGGCUGCUCGUGAAGCCUCAAUUUACACAGGAAUCACAAUCGCUGAAUAUUUUAGAGAUAUGGGAUACAAUGUUAGUAUGAUGGCAGACUCAACUUCCCGUUGGGCAGAAGCAUUAAGAGAAAUUUCAGGACGGCUGGCUGAAAUGCCUGCCGACAGUGGGUAUCCCGCCUAUCUAGCAGCACGUUUAGCAUCUUUCUAUGAACGUGCUGGUAAAGUAAAAUGUCUCGGUGGACCAGAACGUGAUGGAAGUGUCACAAUUGUUGGUGCUGUUUCACCUCCUGGAGGAGACUUUUCAGAUCCUGUGACUUCGGCAACCCUUAGUAUUGUGCAGGUCUUCUGGGGUUUGGACAAAAAGCUUGCCCAGAGAAAACAUUUUCCUUCUGUUAAUUGGUUGAUUUCUUACUCUAAGUAUUCAACGGCCUUGGAAACUUUCUAUGAAAAGUUUGAUCCAGAUUUCAUCACCAUCAGGACAAAGGCCAGAGAGGUGUUGCAGAGGGAAGACGAUCUUAAUGAAAUUGUCCAGCUUGUAGGAAAAGAUGCGCUAGCAGAAGGUGACAAAAUCACCUUGGAAACAGCUAAGCUAUUGAGGGAAGACUACCUUGCUCAAAACGCGUUUACACCAUAUGACAAAUACUGCCCUUUCUACAAGUCGGUCUGGAUGAUGCGUAACAUUAUCCAUUUCUACAACCUAGCCAACCAGGCGGUUGAGAGAGCAGCUGGAAUGGACGGUCAAAAGAUUACUUACACUCUCAUCAAGCAUCGCUUGGGAGAUCUUUUCUACCGUUUAGUGUCUCAGAAGUUCGAAGACCCAGCAGAAGGUGAGGAUACACUGGUGGCAAAAUUUAAGAAAUUGUAUGACGAUCUCACUGCUGGAUUCCGUGCCUUGGAGGAUGAAACUCGCUCUGUGAGCGUCAUGAUUCUCCGGCUGUGCUGUGCUGUGUAAUAUGUUUGAUUCGUUGUUUUUAUGUUUUUUAUUUCGAUGGUAAUAAGGUACAGCCAAUGUGAGUCAUAUAUUUGAUUUGAUGUACCCUCUCAAUUCAAUAAGUUAAUUAUAAUGUCCAAACCUAUUGGGGAUACAGUUAUUUUUCUCAUAAUAAAUACCAUCAUUUUGU